AUGCAUCGUCCGCACAUGUAUACACAUAAAUGCGAGUUACUAGCGUCCGAGAACGAGUACCUGGAUCCGACCCCGGACCUGCAUUCGCUCUUCCUGGAGUACAAUCGCCUUUUCUUCGAGGGUCGACUGUCAGGCUGUGAAGUGAAGUGGAGUAAGCGCAUGACGCUCUGUGCGGGACUGUGUACCUUUCAGCCUCGCAGUGGCUUUUGCUCCAUUCGAUUGAGCGAACCGCUGUUAAAGUUACGACCUCGAAGUGACCUGGUCAACACUUUGCUGCAUGAAAUGAUCCACGCGUACGUCUUCGUGGCGACUCCCGUGCGGGAUCAUGAUGACCACGGCCCGCUCUUUCAGGGACACAUGAACCGGAUCAACGAAGCAGCGCGGACGAAGAUUACGGUAUUCCACACUUUUCACGACGAAGUGGACUCGUACCGCCAACACGUGUGGCAGUGCAAUGGCUCGUGUCGACGGACUCCACCGUACUUUGGCCUUGUCAAAAGGUCGAUGAAUCGCGCACCUGGACCGACAGAUCGCUGGUGGGCUGAUCACCAAAAACGGUGCGGGGGAAGCUACCGGAAGAUUAAAGAACCGGCAGAGUUCACGGCAAAGCAGGCGAAGAAAAAGGAAAGGGAAGUUGCGCGCAAAGAAAAGCAACAGAAGAAGGACCGGGGUGCACGAGCGGCACGGAGUGUGAAAGAUUUCUUUUCGAUGAGUACGAAGACCGAUGGCGACAAUAGGGCGACUGGAUCGGCACGUAGUGAUGCAGAACAUCCGCUUGUGGGAACGAAGGCUCAGCGUCGAGGCGAUACUGGUGGUUUGGAUACCAAGAAGCGGCGAGAGGAGUGUAGAGGAGAUGGUGAAAACAAGGUCCGGCCAACGAUCGAUUUUCCGACCUUUGCUCCAGUCGUCUUCUCUAUUGACGGAGAUGAUGACGGACACUUUCUCGUGGGUGACAUCCGGGCGCUUGUUUCGACGUCGCAGACACAGCUGUUGGAUAGCGUCAACGGACAAGAAGAAAGUCAUCUUGGAGUAUGUGAGAAGACUCAAGAUAGCGGAUGCAUUCGUACUACAGACUCCGGCGCACAAGUUGCAGGACCUUCUGCUGUCGUGGAUUUGACCGUGUCGGAUAGUGACACUAGUGAUAACGAGCGAGUUGGAAGUGCUGCUUUGGCAAAGCUGUCUAGUGGUAUUGCUGCUGGUUUGCCGACUACAAGCACAAGAAACGCGGACGUCAUCGAACUUGAAUGA